AGAACAUACAUACACAAAUGGAGGGAGAAUUUAUAGAGUUUCUGAAAAGGAGAAGCCUAAAAGGAAUUACAAACAAGAUUGAAAUGUCCUAAACUUGCUUGUUGACUUUCAUUUUCAGCCGUUGACCUGCUAGAAUCGGUCUUCGCCCUCCCCCACCACUUGAGCUGCCACCGACACGUGGCAGUAAACUAACCACAGAUAAAAUAACCAUACUACGGGGCAAAAACGUCAAUGCAGGAGAAAGACAAAAUUUCAGGUCCUUGACGGUUACCAUCUCCAUUUCUUCUCUUCCGUACAACUUCCAAAAAACCUUCAAGAAAGAGAGAGGAAGAGGAAGAGAAGGAGAGAGAGAGAGAGAGAGAAUCCAUCUCCUCUCUCCCUCUUUCUCCCCUUCAACCUCCAUUGUUAUCUUCCACCCUCCCUCUCUGUGAAAAUGCCGUUAUCAACAUUAUCAUCUCCUUCUCGUUCGGGGGGUUCUUCAGGGGAUUUUUCAGCAACGGCGGUCGCAAUAGACAAUGACAAGAACGCUCAGCAGGCAGUGAAAUGGACGGUGGAUAACCUCCUAAGCAACAAUGAGAGGCUCACCCUCAUUCAUGUCUGCCUCAAGACCGCAGCCACCGCCAACUUUGGUUUUUCGGUGAUUGGACACAGUGCUGAGGCCGCCAGAGAGCAAACUGAAGCAGAGAUGCAGCAGUUAUUUUUCCCCUUCAAAGGCUAUUGUGCUCGCAAAGGGAUACAAAUGACUGAGGUAGUUCUCGAAGAGGACGAUGUCUCUAAGGCCAUCAUAGAGUACAUAUCUGCAAACAACAUCCAGAACAUUGUCGUGGGCAAUUCGAACAGAAAUGCAAUAAUGAGAAAACUUAAGCCUCCUGAUGUACCGUCAUCCUUGAUUAAAUCUGCACCAGACUUCUGUACAGUCCAUGUCAUAUACAAAGGGAAGCCGAUAACUGGGCGACCAGCAAAGUCUGUUGCAGUUAAUUCUUCUAUGCCUCCACGACAAGCAAUGGUCCAAGGGAGUCCUCAGCAUUUAUCUGAUCAAGAGGAUUCUAUUAGACAAAAUUUCAGAGGUCAAAAUGCUCCAUCCCUACAACAAGAGAGAAGGUCUUUCGAGAGGUUUUCUGAUACUAAUAAGAUGAGUUCACGAGACAGGCUUACACCCAACAGCUACUUUCUCGACAGUCUCAACUCAUCUGUUCGACUCUCGAAUGCCUCUGACUUCCGUGACUCUUUCUCAGAGGACAGCAUUAGCAUAGGCCGUCAGUCUAUGGACUUCCAUGAAACACUUGAGUUCUCGUCAUGCUCUAUGGAUAACCCUGGGGAGUCUCCAACCGCUCCCUGUUCUCACCGAGAUGUUGAGGCUGAGAUGAAAAGGCUGAGGCUUGAGUUGAAGCAGACUAUGGAUAUGUACAGCACUGCUUGCAAGGAAGCAAUAACUGCAAAACAGAAGGCUAAGGAGCUCAACCAGUGGAAAAUGGAAGAAGCGAGAAAGUAUGAGGAACUUCGGAGCGCUGAAGAAGCUGCCCUCGCAACUGCUGAGAUGGAAAAAGCAAAGUGCAAGGCUGCUCUAGAAGCUGCAGAGGCAGCUCAAAGGAUUGCAGAGCUUGAGGCAAGAAAGAGAAUAGACGCUGAGAUGAAAAUGAAGGGGGGGUCAGAACAGAAGAGCUCUAUUGAUAUUAGGUACAGGAGGUAUAACAUUGAAGAGAUUGAGAUGGCAACUAAUCAGUUUGAUGAAACUUUGAAGAUUGGUGAAGGUGGGUAUGGGCCUGUGUACAAAGGGCGUUUGGAUCACACUCCAGUUGCUAUCAAGGUUUUAAGGGCGGAGGCAGCACAAGGAAAAAAGCAAUUCCAGCAAGAGAUUGAGGUACUUAGCUGCAUUCGCCAUCCAAACAUGGUAUUGCUCCUCGGCGCAUGCCCAGAAUACGGAUGCCUUGUAUAUGAACACAUGGAAUACGGUAGUCUAGAAGACAGGCUCUUCCGCCGUGGAAACACUCCAACAAUCCCAUGGAGCGUCCGCUUCAAGAUCGCUGCAGAGAUUGCCACCGGCCUCCUCUUUCUCCACCAAACCAAGCCCGAACCGUUAGUCCACCGUGAUCUAAAACCAGCAAACAUCCUCCUCGACCGAAACUACACGAGCAAGAUCAGUGACGUAGGUCUCGCACGAUUAGUCCCUCCGUCCGUAGUAGACACUGUUACUCAAUACAGAAUGACGUCUACUGCUGGCACGUUCUGUUAUAUUGAUCCUGAGUACCAACAGACAGGUAUGUUAGGGACAAAAUCAGACAUAUACUCGUUGGGUAUUAUGCUGCUGCAAAUUAUCACUGCGAAACCUGCAAUGGGCUUAACACACCAUGUUGAGAGGUCAAUAGAGAGAGGCCAGUUCAAGGAAAUGCUUGAUCAGUCAGUGAAGGACUGGCCAGUGGAGGAUGCUCUUUCGUAUGCAAAGAUGGCACUGAAGUGUGCUGAAUUGAGGAGAAAGGAUCGCCCUGAUCUUGCGACAGUUAUACUACCGGAAUUGAACAGGUUGAGGAACUUGGGACAUUCUUACGAGGCUGUGUGUUAUGGGGGAAGCAGCAAUAGCAACAGCAGCAGCAGCGGCAGCAGCAGCAGCAGC